GACCAUUGUCGGAAUGAUUUUGCGUCAAACAAUUCAGCUCACGAUGAACUCGACAGACACCUCGUCUCGAAAACAAAAAUCUACACCUUCACGCAAAAAGUCAUGUCUGCAGUGCGCCAAAUCUAAGAUUCGCUGCGGCCUCGAACGACCAGCUUGCGUUCGUUGCGUCGCAGCAAAACGCGAAUGCCGAUAUGCGGUACCGCCUGAAGGUCCCCCAUCGAAUGUCGGCUCUCGACAAAGCGUGCCGCCAGUUCAAAGUGUUGCAACCCCAGAGUCCCUCUCAAACUCGUUGACGGACCACACAGAUAUAGCUCUCGUGGGAACGACACUUGGCAGUCAAUCGACGCCUCUGCCGUCUACGACGCAAUUGCGGACGUCUGGAAAUCACACAGACGCUUCUCUAGACUUCUCAAACUUGGACCUCGUUCCUCUUGCCGACGCGGAACAAAUCCGCGUUCGAUGGCUGCGGCCCUUUUUAGCCGUUAGGGAGCAGGUCCCUAAGGUAUUCCAUCCAUACACGUUACAAUUUAUCAGCUGUGUGCUUCGGACGUACCCAAAACAGAUGAUUGAAGAGAACGGCGUUCCCCCAAUAAUCCAUCCAAUGCAAAUGGCUGAUGGAUGUACGUCUGUCGCAUUGGCAAACUGCUACAGCUUGAUUCGAUUAUGGCAGCAUCGAGCACCUGGGAGUGAAGGAAUUGUUGCCGAAACAAUUCAGCGGGAAAUGAACCGACUUGCGCACUACGACUCGAAUGCGGGAGAUCUCGACACCCUAGCCGCUUUUCAAGCCUACCUCAUCUACUCCAUCGGGACAUACUUCUUCCCCAUCCAAGGAAAUCCACUUGUGGAUGAUGCCACAAUGUUUACUUUACAGGAGAUGGCUUUCCGUACGGCGCAGAGCGGAUUGGUCUCCCAAGCCGAAUUUGGCCGAUCACGGCCAAAGUGGGAAUCUUGGAUUGUUGUUUCAGCAAAACGCAGGGCAAUUUUCGCCUUCUACCUGCUCAGCAACGUGUAUAACGCGGACAACUACGUCCCCAAUUUCCUUGCGGAGGAGCUGAAAGAAGUGUAUGCGCCGGAUGCGAAACGGCUAUGGGAGGCAAGGUCUCGUAUUGAUUGGGAGCACGAGUACAGUCAAUAUCUGUCUCAGUGGGAGGAUGGACAGCUGAGAAUCUCGGAACUCUGGCGGUCGCCGGAUACAGGAUCUGCGGAGCGCCGAGGAAGGAUCGAUCGGUGGGUGCAGAGUGCGGACGAAUUUGGGAUGAUGCUGUUUGCUGUCUGUGCUCAUCUUCACGGUUACUAGGCCUGGAUGAGGACGAAGAGGCAGAGUAAACUUUUCAUCAUCAUGAUCACCACCGAAUUAUCAUUCAGCUUGUCUACAUUUUUUUUCCGGCUCCAUAAUCGUUUUCGUUGUAGUACAGAAUCCCGGUGUAUACUGUCCGCUACCGCCCUAGUAGAUAACUGGGCUAUGCUACAGAGAUGAUGCCUGCGAAAUGCACGCCCCACCAAAGCGCAGGCAGUCGUAGUUGCUCGAUUGUUGUGCGCUCCCGUGCGUUGCUGCUGUGGCCUAAGGUCGUUAGUAGGAAGCCUACCUAUGAAUUAGGGGGGCAUGCAAGACCCAGAUUUUUGACAUCAACCUCCAGAUUCGCUGCCGCCAAGGAAAGGGGGGGGAGGGGUCUGCGGCCCUGUAGCCUAUCCUUUGCAUAGUAUGGAUGCACUACAACGAGGUCAAGGUUACAGACUUUUACCGAGCAUUAUCGACUCCAUAUCAUCUGCCACGUCGGACGGGAAAUGUUGCCCAUCAUCAGUAAGAAGCCUUAUAUUGGUCUGCUUUUUCAGAUGAUAAUUGAUGAAAGAAGAGCGCGCAGCUUGAAAGCUCUUGCAUUCGAGGAUCCUGAUUAUAUUGCUGGUUUAAAGUAUUAUGUCGUCCGUAGUAUGCGAAACAGAGAAUUUCCGAUAUGGCCAGAAUGCUCGGCAAGUAUUUGGCAUCCUCGCAAGCUGAGAAUCCAGCCGCAGCCACGGCAUUUUCACCAUCAAGCGUCCAUAUCCACAAUGGCGCUCCUGAGGACCCCGAUUCUGCUCAAGUCCCCCGCCUUGCCAUUGUCGAUCUCCCUCCUCAUUCGGAGAAGAACAAGAACACACACAGUGACAGAUUGAAGGAGGAGGCGGGUAAUAUCCUAACA